AGGAUGCUUCUGUUCUGAUGUUUAAGUUUCCACUUUAAUACAGCCAGAGAGAGUCCCUCCACCUCGCCCACCACCUCCAAAGACAAACAGUGCUACUUUGCCCGCACGUCCUCCAAGACCACCAGUUAAGAAACCAAGAGGUAAUGCACUGCCAGUAGAGUCUCGAAUAUCCUCCAUUUCAAGUCCAGAGCAGCCCCAACCAUAUAAAACUUUAAAGGAAUCUGAUAUAGCUGAUGGAGAGGCCUUGGCUACAGAGAAAAGGACCGGGUCAACUAUCUUUCCUAACCUCUCCGUACCAGGCAGGAAUAUAGAUGUGAAUUUAUUGGAUGACAUUUUCAGCAGUAUAAAGAUAACCUCACAACACCAGCCCCUCAGCCAAGCCAAAAGUAUGGAAGAUCUGAGGACACCUAAAGAGGAAGAAGUAGAAAGUCCAUUUGGGCAUCAGUGGAAAGUAAUGACUUCAGCUGAGAAGAGCAAGACCAUGUCAGUAGGACUGCACCAUACUCUGCCUCAUACAAAGUUACGCAGCACGGGACAAGAUGACAUGGCUCUAAGUAUCAAGUCUAUCAGUAGUUCAUCGCCUGGCAACAUUCAUUUUGAAAGUUUCUUCACUGGGAUUGAUGCUGAGGCUUUGAAGACGGACAGUUCAGUGCCUGCUUCCAAAACAAUUGCAAGUGGACAAGGCAGCAUUACAAUCCCAAGGCCUCAUGGUAGGAGGUCAACAGAAAAAGGGAUAGUGCUUCCGCCUCCAGUAGCUGUCAGUCGAGGAGUCAAACAGCCAGUAUUUCCGGAAGUUAAUCAAGUACCAACAGUAUUACGGGACAGCUCCAGACAAGAUAGAAUUGUCUCCGGCACUGGCCCAGCUUCGGAGAUGUUACAAGAAACAGUUGGAGUUGAAAAGAAACCUCAAGCACCAGACUUAAACCAAUCAUUGAAUUCAUCUCCUCAUCUAAUGUUAAGUUCAUCUGCUGUUGAAAUCCUGAAACCUAUUAAAAUCAGUGCAGAAAUGGAUAGGAGAAACGAUCUUUUAAGUCUUCUGGAUCCACUGAGUGCCAGUUCCAGUCUUGAUGGGAGCCAAUCUCCAGCUCCUAAAAGUUCAUUAACACCUGCACUGUUUUUGUCUUCACCUCCGGCUCCUAGUGGUUUCACUCCAUCAGGAACUGACCUUGGAAUAAGUGCUCCACCUGCCUCCUUACAAUUCAGCCAAACACAAGGAUAUUCAACUCCCAGCCCAGCAUCAAUCGGUCAAUUUCCACAGCCACCGUCUUAUCCAUUUUCUCAAACAAUGCCAGCAGCUCUUCAUUUUCCUCCAGGGCAGCCCUCUACAAGCCAUUUUGCUCCAACUCCAGCAUCUGCUUUUGUUUCAAGCUAUCUGCCUUCAAAUUCAGGUUUCUUCCAACCCCAAAUGCCUCACAGGAACUACUCAGCACCUUCCCUUCACCACUUGUACAGUCAGCCCCCCGCUGUCCCUCCAUCUGGUACGUUUAUUCAGAAAAGUGCAAUUUCAGCCAGCCUCGGAGGUAUAAGUUUUGCGAAAACUGCAGGAAAGGCAGGCCUAAGUGUGGCUGAUUCCAGUCUAGCGGUGGGUGGCACAACGAAAAAUGUGGCUGAGCCACCAUUAGUCCCACCAAAGCCGCCCAAAGGUCUUGAAAGAAUAUUACAAUCAUCCAAUCCUGGCAAGGCUCAAGACCCAUUUACCGAUUUGCUUAAUGCAAGUAAGAAGGAGGCAGCACCAUCACAAAGUAGAGUGGACCAGCUCAGGAAAAAAUGGGAGACCUUUGAAUAAAAAUAGCAAUUAAAAUGUUCCAAUAAUAGAGUGACAGAAGUAGAGCUUUUCUAAACUGCAGCCUUUGGGUGCCACAUGAAAAAGUAUCAGGUGUCAAGGGGUGCAUUGUAUAAAUGCUGGUUGAGUCUGGUUUCUCUAGUAAAGAAUUAUAAAGAAUGCAUAUUGUAUCAACAAAUGUUAUAGUGAGGAGCUACUACACUACAUUUCUAUGUUCAUCAAGCCAUUUAUCAUGACUUGAAUGUGAUCUGUUCUGUUUGGUGAUAAAUGUGACUUUUGCAGUAAUUUUUCUGUUAAGAAACACUCCAGCAAAAUUGCUGAAACUUGGAUUGAGGUUGCCUUGUUUUCUUGAUUCCUGAUGUUUCUUUUUGAAAACUCAAUAAUGUCAUUGAUGUUUAAGUCACUUAUAUUAAUGUACUAAUAUUGCAACUCACCAUUUCUCAUCAUUGAACCUAAACCUUUGCAUCAUGCUACAGCCAUUUAAUUCCACAACUCGUAGCUAACAGUGCAGAUAUUAUGUUUGCUACAUCUUUCUAUCGUGCUCUUGUUGAUCCUGUAAUAUUUUGAUAAUUAUAUGGGAUACCAUGCAAUGAAUGUUAUAUUUAUCUAAAUUUUAUCAAACCAUUUGAGUUUUCCUACAUCACAGAGUAAAAUCAAUGCCUCCUGAAUGCAAACUUCUUUUUGAAACUGUUAAUUACGAUAAAUUAUUGUGAAAUUAAUGUAGAUGUACGUGGAUGAAACCAAAAAGGAAGCAAAGUAAUUCCAUACAACACUAUAAUCAUGCAUUUCUCUUACAGCUCAAUGUUGCUGCUGUAAUUCAGUCUUGUUAGUAAAGUAUUUACACUGGCUUUGCUGUGGGAUAGAUGCUAUGUCUAUUGAUUGUGCCUAGGCUAAUGGAUAAUUAGAUUUGUUUUAAAAAAUUCACAGCUCCAUAUCUAAUGUACAGCUACUACUAGUGGUAUUAGUAACAAGCAACUUUGGGUAUUAGAAGCAUAGACAAGAAAUGCAUUGCAUUCCAACUGGAGCAGAGCUCUUGCAGGUGUUCUAUAGUUGGAAAUAAAUGAUGUAAGCCUGUUCUUACCACUAACUGUUCAAACAAAAAUACCAGUGCACUGGGCAAUGGGAAAUCAGAAUCUUGUGCUGAUGCAGGUCAGUAAUCUUCAAAUUAUAGUAAGUCCUUUCAAGGCACAGAAAUGAAAUUUUUGAUGUGUUAAUCAGCUUUUUAACUCAUGCAGGCUAUGAAGUGCCACAUCUUCGUUUGCAUCAAGACAGUGUUCUUUAGCUUUUUGCAAAUAAUUUUGGUGAUGAUCAGAGGAGAACACCUUUGAACUCCUUCAAAUUCUUAUAAAAAUUAUGCUGUAUCAUCGAUCUGACCAGAUUUUAGCCACUUCCAUUUACUACGGUCAAGUAUUAUUUUGUUACCAUUGUGUCAAACAGUAAAGUUGCCUGAAAGGAAAUCUAAAAGUGUAGUCUAUACCUGGAAUCUCUGUUAACUCAUUUCUGAUUAUAUUCAUAUAAAGAUAAUUUUGUUGCAGAUUGAGAAGAGAAGGUUUGUUAAUGUGCUAGAAUAGUUUUUAUUUUUCUUCCGUCCAACACUUAUAAAUUUGAAACGGCUUUUCCAGCUGCCGUUCAAGAAUCAUAUCUGACAUAUUCUGCAUUUCGUGAAUGGUACACCUAGGUGAAAAGAGAUUAAAAAUCAAAAUUUCCAAUUAAGGACAGAGUAUAUCAAAUCCAAUUUUACUUCUGUUUUACAUUUGUAUUUGUUCAGCAAGUUACAGAAACAAUGUUGAUUAGAAAUUAGAAAGGUUUCCUUAGGCCAGCAACCUACUCCUGGUAAUUUUGUUAUCUUCAAUAAUAGUCCGAGCUGAACUGAAGUUUAAAAGCCAUCAGUAAGGAACAUUACGCUUAGUUAUACUACACAUGAAUUAUAUUCUUGCAAGUAAAGUAAUUGAUCAUGAAUGCAGUCGAAUUUUCACAAGUAUCAGUUCCUAGAUUUGAUAAUAGUGACAAAUUCAGUAUUUAUAAAUUAUUGUAUAUUUACGUGUUACAAAGCAACAUUCUUGAUGUUUAUCCUUUCCCCAGUUUGAUCACAUUAGUUGAUAAUGUUUCCGAUAUUGAGUCAGUUUUCAUAUUUCCUCAGUAAAACUGGAUCUGUUGGUAUUGUUCCAUUGUCCCUUGUGUGUUCCAUUAGAACACAAUUGCCUUCAAAUGCACGCAGUUUUAUUAAGCUUGAAAAUUUAUUCUGCUCCUUGCAGUGCUCUGAGCAGGGGAUAUCCUGUGCCCAAAAGGAGGGGUCACCCAAAUCACAUUUCUUCAACAAUGUUGUACAAAAGAUAACCAUGAUGUGUACAAAUUGCAUAUUUGCUGACUUUCAUUUAGGAACAUGCGCGCACACACCCUCACAAAUGCACAAAGCCUCUCCUCAGCUGUUUAAAGGUUCAGCAAAUGUCAUUACAUUUCAUGACACAUUGUUACUCAAAUGAGUUCCAUUAAUUUAUAAGAUAAGGAUCAAAGUAGGUUUGUGAUCACUGCUACAACAUGAUACAGGUAUCGUAAAAAAGGCAUUUAAACACUUAUAUUUUCAGUAUAUUAUGUGCAUUUGCCUUUCAAAAUAAGUUAAUUUUCUGAUUUAUUGAGAUUUUAAAGGUGCACUUUUUGAAUUGAUCAUCAAACCCAAGUAUUAUCCAACUGUUAAUUUUGCUUUGCAUUUUUAAACAAUCUUCCACUAAGUACUUUCACAUGCAUUACUCAAGAAGCUUGAAACAUUAAGUGUUAUUUUUGCAAUUAAUGGUUGCCUAAUAAUACAAACAGCCAAACCUUUGUUUUAAUUUAAUUGCCAGGACUUAUGAACGAAUGAGUUGAGACUUUUGGUAGCAUGAAAUAUUAACUUUUUUUGUCCUGUUGGUAGAACAUCCAAAUGUUAAUAACUAGAAAUUAUGAUACAAAAUCACUCUAGGAUAAGCUCGCAGAUAAGUGCUCAGUGUUUCCUUUUAGUGUUUUACAUUGCAUAUUUUGCACUGGAACAUUACAUACCAAUGACAAUAAUGGAGAUAGCUUAGUUGGCAUAGAUACUCUGCAAUUGUACAUUCAGUUUGCCUUCAUAGCCAAAAUUCUUUCUCAUGUAUUAGUGCAAAAAAUAGUGAUGAAAAUGUAUUGUUUUAGGUUCAUGAAAUUACAGAAGAUUAAGGUGCUACAGUUCAAUACUAAUGCACAUUUUUAUUCAGAUUAUUGUUUAUUUCAAUCCAUGCUUAAAGUGGUUGCAUACUAAAGCAAGGAGUCAGUGUGAAAAUCUCUUCUCCAACUAAACCUAACUUUAAAAAAAAUACUAGAAGUUGAUUCUAGAUGAAUAACUGAUUUCAAGGAAUUUCUAUAAAUCCUAUAAGAUCUGAGGUACUGACACAGGUUGGAAUGCUGUAAUGAUGCAGAAUUUAGAUGUUUCAAAUAGAUUUUACAUUCUGAAUGAUGUACAAUAUACUUUUGGGGAAAUCCAGCUUAAUUUGUAAUUCAGUGUUUUGUGUGAUGUUGUAUUCAUUUCUGUUAUUUGUCACAUAAACUGUGGUGCACACACUUCCUGGGAAUUAGGAUUCCUUAUUAACUUGUGCCUCAAACAUUUGUGGAAUGUACAAUGCUUUGGUAGUCUGAAGCUGAUGUUAUAUGCAAAAUAGUCUCUAUGUUACUGAACCUGUUAGAUUUAUCCUAAGUCAGUAAUUCCUUACGUUGAUAAUAGUGAAGCCCAGGCAUUGUACAAUAUGAUGUAGGAGGCCCUAGUGUGUUUUCGAAUUCGUUAACGCUUGCACAGUGCUUUUGUAACUUGGCCAAAUAAGUUGCUGCUAAAUAAGUGUACGGAGUUUCUGAAUAUAUUGUAAAAAAUAUUUUUGUUACAGCAGUACUUGUCAGGCAUGCAGUUUUGUUCUAUGCACCUACUUCUGUUUUAAUGUAUUUGUCAGUGAUACCGUGAAUGUGUUUUAUGCAUUGAAUUUUAAAUUGUGCAGUCAAAAUCUUCAAGUUUCCCAAAAGGGUUUACUUCACAUAUUUAAUAACAGCAAAGCAGAUUUAAUAAGUGACUAUGAUGGUUUUUCCAGUGAGCUUCAAUCCAGACUGACUGCACAUAUAAGUAUAUCAUCAGUGAAUUUCUGCUGGCAUUAGCAUUAAACAAUAACUGAUAUACCUUUACUUGUAAUUGGAGUUAUAGUACAUCUAGUAUUUGUAACUGAGGCCUCAGUGACACUUUAAUCUUAACUGCUAUUAGCAGUGUUUCCUCAAGUAUUAUAGAGGGCCCAUGGUUUUCAUAUUUAAGUAUCUGUUCUUUUAUAGUUGAAGCUUACUGACACUGGUCUCAGUUGAACCUUUCAAAUAUCCAUUCAGGAACAUAAAAAUAUGCCAGGUGUUUAGUAUGACCUAUUCAAACAAAAAGUAUAAUUGACGUUAUCCCAAAACUGCAAAAGGCAGAUUUUUGAAGAAUUAGUCAGACUCCUACCCCUGAACUUCAAGAGUUCAUGAUCUAUGGCUAUUUUCCCAAAGUUGGCUGUAUGUACAGGUUUCUGCAUUUUUCUGUCCAAAGACACUGUUGAUUUCUGAAGAGAAUUCGAAUCAAAGAUUAUAUAGAUACUGGUUCACUGCACAUUUUACUACUAGUAAAAAAAAUGUAUAGCACAGAAACAGCAGGGCUGAGAUUCAGUGCAAUAAUAUUUUUGUUCUGUUAUUGGUUCUGACUCAUACGACUGUGAACAAAUGACUUUUGUAAUUAAGAUGGUGGAAUGGAAUUGUAAAGUGACAGAGUGAUGCCAUGGGACUCGAAAGUAAUAAAAGUAAUGAUUCUCCUGUGUAAA